AUGACGCUGAUUUCCCAAGCUCUCCUCGCCCUCGCUGUUGCCGGCACCGCGCUGGCCACGCCCAUGGUCGCCGAGAGGAACGAGAUGAGGCCAGACUGCACCCACACGGUCAACACCUGGCAAGCGUACACCUAUGGACCGACCUCAACUGUUUGGACCGAGACUGCGACGGCCACCCAGACGGUCGACUGCCAGGGCUGCGAGUCGGCGCAGUACAGCGAGCUUUACUUUGGUCCAGGACCCGUUGUCAUGUUCACAGCCACCGUAACGGCCGAGACGGCCUCGACAACCACAGUGCUGGCCUGCAGCAAGACGGCCGCUUAA